AUGAAUGAUACAACAACUUGUAGUAAAUCUCGAAUAAAAACAUUAGAUCUAUGUGUAGUAUGUAAUGCACAAGCCAUAGGACGUAAUUUUGGAGCUAAUACAUGUCUGUCAUGCAAAGUAUUUUUUCGACGUAAUGCUUUAAAGAACAAAGUUCUUUCCAAAUGUCGUUUCAAAAAUUCAUGUGAAAUUACAAAAGAAACACGACGUUUUUGUUCAUCAUGUCGUUUACAAAAGUGUUUUCAACAAGGAAUGCGUAAAGAACGUAUUCGACGUUAUUUAAUAGAACAUGGAAAUAUGAGCGAGAUUAUCAAUAACAAUCAUCUUUUGUUAUCUGAAAUGUCAUCACCGAUGAAUGUAAGUUAUGUGAAUAUUUGUCUUCGAGAAAACGUUAAAAUCUAUUAG